UUUUUUCCCAGAAACUCUACUCACGUUCGCGCGUCGUCCGCCUGACGGAACGCGUUUUUUGUUGUAAAUUUACUAUAACCGUGAGUCAUUCAGAAUAACGCAACAAAUAGUAAAAAAAAGUAAGAAGGAAAGGGCUGGUUGUAGGAGCAAGCGCCGACCACCGGCCGAGAGGGGGGGAAUGCAUGAUGGCGAUCCGCAGCAGCAACGUUACGUGAUUUGUAGCCCCGAAACUUUUCGGCGUGCCAACGGCGUUCUUGUGGUGGUGUCAGCGGUGCGGUGUACUUGGGGAAAAAUUAAAAGUCAAAGAUCGGCGACCCAUUGUGGAAAACGAAAAAAAAAGAAAAGUUUCUUCGCACGGAUAUCCAACGCGUCAACUCUGCAAGAAAGUACUACCCCCAUGCGGCCUGCUGCUGCUGUGUGCCGCUGAUAAGCGAUUUCUCCGUCGAAGCUUCCGUCUAAACGGGUUCUAACCUCUCCGGUGGUCGGAGGCUUUCGGGGGCUGUGACCCAGCCGCCCUUUCUCACCCCCGCAUGCCGCCUCUCGCCCCCCACUAACCAUGAUAAACAACAACGUCGUCAGCCUCGAUGACGUGGCGGAAGUGAUUGAGCGCCACAUGGCGGCUGCGUCGGAGCCGACCAGCUACCUGACCCUGGAGCAAGCCCAGCAGCAGCCCUAUGUGGUCAUCACGGAGCAGCCGGCCUCUCGGGCGCUCCGGUUCCGGUACCAGUGUGAGGGGCGCUACCCAGGCACCCUGGUGGGCGUCAACAGCACCGCCGAGAACAAGACCUACCCCACCAUCAAGGUGAUGCACCACCAGGGAAAGGCGGCGGUGGUGGUGUCGUGCGUGACCAAGGACCAGCCGUACCGGGUUCACCCGCACAACCUGGUGGGCAAGGAGGGCUGCAAGAAGGGCAUCUGCACCCAAUACCUCAAGCCCGACAUGACCUGCAGCUUCACGAGUCUGGGCAUCCAGUGUGUGAAGCGGAGAGAUGUGGAGCAGAACCUCGCGGACCGGGAGAGCAUCAGGGUGGAUCCAUUUCAGAACGGCUUUGACCACAAGGACCAGGCCGGGAGUAUCGACCUGAACGCUGUGCGGCUCUGCUUCCAAGUCUUCCUGGAGGGUUCGACCCCGGGCAAAUACACGGUGCCCCUCCACCCGGUGGUCUCGGAGAUCAUCUACGACCGCAAGGCCAUGUCUGAUCUGACCAUCACCAAAUUGAGUCACACCUGCGCUCCCGUGUCUGGUGGCCUCGAAAUGAUCCUCCUUUGCGACAAGGUGGCCAAGGACGACAUCGAGGUGUGGUUUGAGGAGGAGCGGGAGGGCCUGACGGUGUGGAAGGAGCGGGCGGAGAUCCUGCCCAACGGGGUGCACAAGCAGGUGGCCAUCUGCUUCCGCACCCCGCGCUACCGGGAGCCCCCCGCCGAGCACCCCGUGGACGUGCACCUCCUCUUGAGGAGGCCCUCCGACGGGGCCCUCAGCGAGCCCAGGGCCUUCACCCUGCACCCCAACGAGAGGGAUCCCGAGGCGAUAGACCGCAAAAAGCGGAAGAUUGGCGAAGGCUACCUGGACCGCUACUUCCAGGAGAAUCCCAUGCUGGCAGUUGCGGCUGCUCCCUUGGCGUCGGUGCCUAGAACGAUGAAGCAGGCGGUCAGAGCUCAGGCCAGGCCUGAGAGGGUGACAGCCAUGCAGCAGCAGCAGCAUCAGUCCCCUCAGCAGCAGCAACAACAACAACAGCAGCAACAGUUGGUGCACAACGCCGGUGUUGCCACGGCGACCAUGACGCAGCUGACCCCGAUGAACCCGCACUACCGGGACGGGUCGUCUGCUAGCAGGGGCUACGAGCCCGAGCCGGAGGUGGUGGAGACGGCGGAGAAGUUCAACAGCCUCGACCUGGGCCUGGACCCCAACGACAUCGGCCUCAACUCGAGCGACCUCAACAUGAACAUCAGCGACCUGGCCAGCACCCAGAACAUCUCGCUGGUCAACCUGUCGGCCAGCCUGUUCGACAGCGGAAACAACAUCGCCGGUGACGGAGGCAUGAUGGAGGAUGGCAGGGGGCUCCUCAAUGACCUUGGUGGCAGCGGAGCCUCUUCUUCUCGGGCCUUUAAGACGGAGCCGUCUUAAUGGCAGCCUCUCUUUUUUGUUUUGUUGUUUCCGUGUCGUCGCGCUUUUUUUUUUUUUUCUACGUCUGCUGGUGUUGUGGUUGUCUGAGCAAACAGACUUGAGCUGGGUAGGGUUAUGCCCGUCAUUCUUGGGUUGAACCGCUUAAAACAGACAGAAGGUUGUCCCACAGCCGGAGUACUCGAGGAAUGUCCUUGAAUCUCCCACAAGGACUGUUGCUCCUGAAGGACACGGGAAUCCGGGUUCCAAAGGGUGCCCGAGAUCCUGAGGGACUUGGAUCCUGAAGUACUCUGAUCCUGAAGGACUUUGAUCUUGAAGGACCCUGAUCCUGAAGGGCUUGGAUCCUGAAGGGCUUGGGUUUUGAAAGACUCGUAUUCUGAGGGCUCAGAUCCCAAAAGACCUGGAUCCUGAAGAACUCAAAUCUUGAAAAACCUGGAUCCUGAAGGACCUAGAUCCUGAAGUACCAAGUAUAUUAGAUACUGAGGGUCCUGAAAUUCAUUAAGGAUACUUAGGGACUUGAAACUGUGAGGGACUGGUGAUCUCUUUAAUGGCUUGGUAAAUCCUGAGGGUCCUUAAGCUCAUAAACAGAAAGGUUCCUAAGGACCCAUAAUCCUGGUAUUCCAGGUGGCUUGAACCGGGACAGGUGUGCCCAGCCCAUAUCCGUUAAAAGGUGAUCAAAGCUGCAAUUUGUCCCAGUGCAAUAGAUAUCGGGAGUUGUCCUUAUUAACACCGUGGUACUUUCCGUGUGGAAGGUGCAAUUUUAUUGACAAGUCUACUUGUGCCGCUUUUGCAGCGUGUAGUGUUCCACUUUCAUCUCUCGCUUGAGGCAGUGCACGUGGUAUUUCUUAGCCUCCCUUCUUAUUCAUAUACCUCAAAAUUCCAUGACAGGCAAUGGAGAAGACAUAUGUAUAAACAGACGAGUUCAUUCAAAUCAGUUACAUUUUAUUGACAAGCUAGCAUCAUUGGAGUAGAGUUUAGCCCAGUGGUCAACAUUGAACAAGAGUUAAUAUUUGUUUAAUUCAUUGACAGCUGGAGAGUGGCAUUUUAAUCGGCUAUGUUUAUGUUUGAUUGAUGCAGAUUGAUCAGCUUUACGGUAACAGAUUAGUGGUCAUUCACGCAGCCCUAGGUGCUUGCUCAAUAUUUUACAACCGUAAGGUCACAGUAUUUUAAGUAGUCACUGAUGCACCUGCAAUCGCUGACACUGAAGAGUGUGUUUUUGUUGUGUUUGAAGCGUGAAUUUGUCACAAGUCAAAAACCUACUUUUCUGCUUGCUUUCUGAGGCCAUAAAUGCAGGCUGCUUGAAAAUUGCAUGGUGAGCCACUGUUGGGACAUGCGGUACCCUCGCAGGGCAAAUCAGGUGACCAUAAUGGAGAGAAAAAAAAAAGGUUUGGAGCUGUUAGAUUGGCCGACAAGGCAGAGCGGUUGUAUGUACGAAAGAAAUACCGCUAGUUCAAGGUGCAUUGUAAAUUGGGCUCAAAAGACACAAUUCUUAGUGCCUAUUUCGUGAUUGUUUCAACAAGUAUAGGUUAUUUUCUAUAGCUGACGCCAUCUGAUUGAGGUAAAACUGAUGAUUUUGAUGAAUCUUUGUAGACUGUGAUGAAAAAAAACGCAAACAGAAAUUCUGGCAGAAAAAUAUUCCUAUAUUUUCUGUUACUGUUUUCAUUUUGUAGUACCACACACGUAGCAUUUCUUGGAACUAAAGCUUUGUGUUGUCUGCCCCAUUUUUUCCCUCCUGGGUUAACAUGUUAACAUUUCUGUCCUGUUGAGGCAGGAACCCAACCUGAUGUCAUAACCUACUUUUGCACGCUUUUGCCACCUUGUUCUGGAAGUGCGCAGGCUUGAUUGGGUCACAAGUUAUCUGCGCUUUGACACGAUGAAAAGCUUAUUAUUCGCGUGGAGCUGUGAUAAGGGGGGCAGGGGGUUGUUUGUAUUGUCUUAUUUUACUGGAUUUUUUUUUUCUUUUCAGUUUAUAAAAAGUUUAUUUGAAGCAGUCACAUUUUUUUUUUGCCCCUUUUCGGUGAUGGCCUUUUAUGAAUUUUGAAGGUCGGCAACUGCGAGAUACCGUCGGCAGUUCCGUGCUUUACACGCAUCUUUUUUUGUUCUAGGCCGUCUGGCACUUGCCUUACUAGAUCGCGCGGCAUUGUUUCAUUUUCAAGCCAACAGACAUGUUCCAGAUUGAGACUUGCCGCUUUGUCAUGUGGGGCUGACGUGGACCAUCAUCCAUUUACUACGAUUUGCGAACCAUUUUUAAGACGCGGCGGUCGUGGCUUCUGCGGAGUUAGGUCACCAGUCUGGAUACAUUUUAAUCGUUUUUAUGCGCUUGGUGGGCUGCUUUAUCUUAUCAGGCGCCCCUGCAUUAUGUUUGGGAGUGCAAUCAUCUUAAGCCCUCCAUCUUCUUAAUGCGCGUUUAGAGACAUUCCAUUUUUCAGAUCGCUCAAGAUAUUUUGUUUACAGCCUUUGUUAUGUCACCUUCGUAUCUACAGACUUAUUUCAUCCUACAACUUUUUGUUACAUAUGGUUUUUGUUGUUAUCUGUACAGAGUCAUUGCAGACAUUGAUGAGCAUUUUGUUUGUUUCUUCGCUGCUGUAAUACCACACAAUAUUUUUGUACAAUAGCACUUGGCCUUUUAACAAUGAGUAUCGUUAAAUUGGUGUCCUUGAGUGCGUAACUUUUCUGUCGGCUUGCUGCGUCGUACGUCGUUCAUUCCGCCGACUCCGCAGCAUCGGUCAGUCUGUUGUUCCACAUUUUCACUGCUCAAUCAUUUCGUCGCUCAGUUUGUUCACACGAUUGGAGUAUCAGUAGCCAAUGUAAUGUACCUUCCCACAAACACUCAUUUGCAUAGCGUAACUUGAGCUGCGGACGGUGUGAACACUGACAUACUCUGCAUGCUUGCUCUGCGAGCACUCUGCGCGUCACCGGCAGCACGUAGCCUCCCUGCCUGUACGAGCAGCAACAUGACGACUCCCGACGCACGUUACCAUCAGUGCCACCUGGCAGACGCUCGGAAGAGGCGGAGAGCGUUUGGCGGCGGUGUGUGCUCAUGCCCUUUCACAGCUGUGACGUUGCAUCCAUUAGGAUUAUCUCUGUUUUGCAUUGCUCCUAGCACCGUUGAUUACCUGUACCCUGUUGAACUGUUAGGAUAGUCUAUCUAGGGUGUUGACAGCAAAGGCUACGUACAAAUGGUAUUGGAAAGGAUCUGGUGAUGCGUGUGAAAAUGUGCGCCCAUGUCCACAAAACGUUUCCCCUUGUGAUAGACGCUAAAACCCAUGUGCACCGCUGUCUUACAUCAUUUGGUCUUGUUUUAUGAGCAAACUUUUUUGGGCACAUGGUUCGUCUGGCCAUGGUCUAGUGUAUCUAAAUGUACAUAGUUUGUGCUGAAUAAAUUGCAGGCCAUUGAAACCUUCAAA